AUGGAGUGGGAAGUCAUAGCUUCACGUCACAGAGAGAAGCAACAAGCUUCGAUACCCCAAGAAUGGGUGUUGUCAGACCAGAAGCUUAAAGAGCUUCGAGGUGCUGGAACACCCAAGGAGGGUCAGUUGAACGCUCUCGAUGUUGCACGAAAGUCAGGACUGUUCACGGAUAGCGAACUUGAAAUCACCGAGUCUUACAGUGCAAAAGAGCUCCUGGGCAAGAUCCAUGCCGGAAAGCUCACGUCUGAGGAAGUCACAGUAGCAUUCUGCAAGCGGGCGGCUCUGGCGCAACAGCUCAUAAAUUGUUUGACCGAGAUAUUCUUUGCUGAGGGUAUCGCAAGAGCUAAAGAACUCGAUCAACGUUUCAAGGAAACGGGAAAGCUCACCGGUCCUCUGCACGGUCUCCCAAUCAGCAUGAAGGACUCCUUCAAAGUAAAAGGCCAUCAUGCCACGGUCGGCUACGUUGAGUUCCUCAAGCGGCCUCCACCAACGACAAAUUCGGCGAUGGUUGACCUUUUGCUGGACGCGGGAGCUACUGCAGACUCUGAGAACAACAUCUUUGGCAGAACCCUGAAUCCGCACAAGACCUCCCUCACAGCUGGCGGCUCCACGGGCGGGGAGGGUGCUCUCGUAUCAUUCCGCGGCUCUGUUCUCGGCGUUGGUACCGAUAUCGCAGGCUCCAUUAGAAUCCCGUCCCUGUGCUGCGGCAUCUACGGCUUCAAACCGACAGCCGAUCGGACGCCUUUCGGGGGCCAGUCAAACUACCCUUUCCCGAAGGUCCACCUGCCUGGUGUGGUGCCCGUGGCGGGCCCCAUGGCGAAUUCAGUCGACGAUCUGUUCUUGUUCAUGGAAACUGUGCUCUCGCAAAACCCAUGGAGAUAUGAUGCCUCCGCAAUCGCCGCGCCGUGGAGUGCUCCCAAAUCUGACAACGCCAAACGUUUGACAGUUGGAGUACUUCCGGAAGACCCGGAGUAUCCCAUGCACCCCCCCGUUCGUCGAGCCCUCGAGAACGCAGUCUCCGCUUUGCUGAAGGCGGGACACGAGGUCAUCAGGCUGCCGCAAGAUCCUGACUGUAGCGCCGGACUUGGCGGAAGAUUGGGAUUCCAGUAUUUCUUCAUGACUUCAGAUGGCUUGGACGUCCUCGCAAACGAGAUCGGAGAACCUCUCGUCCCUUCUGUAAAGCGAGGGGUGCAUCCCUUCACGAAGACGAAGCCUCCGGUUUCUGCGGAUAAGCCUGUUGCACACCAGCUUAGCGAUUUUCUCGGUCUCCGUGAUGCCUAUGCCGAUAGCUGGCGAAAGACAUGGCGAGAACAUGGACUCGAUGUCGUUAUCGGGCCAGGAGCCAUCAGUACCUCUGUGCCCCACGACACGUAUGGUAACCCAGUUUACACAUUGAUGUGGAAUGUGUUGGAUUAUCCUGCUGGUAUCAUCCCGUACGGCUUUGCAUCUAAGGAGAAGGACCCCUCACCCGAGAAGGCUGUGGCAGAAUUCGAGGCAGACUACGACCCCGAAGCGAGCGAUGGAGCUCCAUGCUCAAUCCAAGUGGUUGCCCCUCGAUUUCAUGAUGAGCAGUGCUUAGAAGCGAUUCGGAUCAUCGACAGAGACAUCAGAAGGUAG